AUGGCGCCCAACGUUUUUCUUCUUCAAGGCGGUGUUGCUCUGAUACAUGACGCGAACAACCACAUUGUUCCUACUAAAUCUGACAUUCUUGUGGAAGAUGGCAGAAUCACAAGAAUCGCGCGAGACAUUAGGCGGUCUGAGGCAGUCGAAAUCAUCGAUUGCACCGACAAGAUCAUCAGCCCAGGCUUCAUCGAUACCCAUCGUCAUGGCUGGCAAACGCAGCUCAAAGGCAGGCAUGCGAAUGAGAGCCUGAUCGAGUACAUGGUUACUGGCAACUCACAGAAUUUCCAGUACUCACCCGAGGAUGUCUUCUACGGUCAGGUCGCGGGUAUGCUGGAAAGUAUCGCUGCUGGCACAACUACAGUAGUUGACCACGCACACAUAACCCGCUCACCAGAGCACGCCAAGUCUGCUAUCGCGGCUACUGCAUCUUCUGGCAUCCGAUCCGUAUUCUGCUAUACCCCACUGAUGCUCAUCACUCAAUUCAAUCCCCUCACUUUCCAUCCAAAUCCUUUCGAAGACUGGGUCAUGCAAACCUUUGACGAACUAGCCGACAGCGGGCCUUGGGGAGAUGGAAGAGUAGCCCUAGGAUUCGCUUUUGACUUUUGGUUUCUACCCGUGGAUAUGGUCAAAGGUAUAUUUGCCAGAGUGGGUGCGAAGGGUGUCAAGACAAUUACCUGUCACGGGUCUGUCUCGCUGGGGCUCAAUGUGAUACAGCAAGCAUCAAGCCUUGAUCUGCUAGAUGAGAAGAUCAUCAUUUCGCAUGGUGGUACGAUCUUGGAGGCUGAUGCCGAGCUUUUGAAGGCUGCUGGGGCAUUCGUGAGUUCCACUCCUAGUACUGAACUCCAGAUGGCCAUGGCGAGGCCUUAUUGCUUCGAUGCCUCCUUCCAAGAUGGAGGUGUAAGCGGCGAUUCAAUCGGAUUGCAGGACAACUCCGCGCUUGGCGUCGAUUGCCAUUCUUGCACUGCCGGCUCCAUCAUCUCUGAGGCAAGGCUUGGCCUACAAAACGCGCGAAACCAUUACAACGAAUACUACAUGAAGCAAGACAUGAUCCCACGUUCUCUUCCCGACAGUCUCAGUGUCGAGGCCGCAUUCAAUUUGGCAACAAUCAAAGGUGCCGAGGCCGUAAACAUGAGCAGCGAGAUUGGACGUAUCGCGGAAGGCUACAAGGCAGAUCUAGUCAUCUUUGAUGCCCUCAGUCCUAGCAUGGUCGGCGCAGCACAGCAUGAUCCAAUCGCCGCAAUUAUCCUGCACUCGAGCCCGGCAGAUAUCGAGACUGUCAUUGUUGACGGUAUCGUGAGGAAGAGGGAUGGAAAGCUGUUGCCAAUACAAGUAGACAGUAGCGCGAAGGUGAGUGUGGGCAACGACACUCUAGACUGGGCAAGCGUUGCCAAAAAGAUUAUAUCGAGCAGGAAGAAGAUGCAAAAGGAGAUAGAUCAGAUCGACUUCAAAGAAGCAUUCGAUUCGAUCGUCAAAGCAUUUCAAGUUGAUGAGAAGAAAUUGGUAGGCUGA